CUCCUCCGCGUGUCCGUAUCGGCUUGAAGCCUUGAAGAGUGAAGAGGAGACCAUCCAGAAAUUUGAAGAACAAAUCAGAAUCAGGCAUGGAGGAGGUGACGAGAACAGUGUUGACGGAGGAGAUACUGAAGCGUUUGGAUCUCGAGACUCUUUGCUCCGUCGCGUGCGUCUCCACCAUGCUCCACUCUGCCGUCGUCUCUGGCGUUCUCCCUUCUCUCUCUUCUCUCGAUCUCUCCAUUUUGUCUCUGGACGAUGAGACUUUGAAUCGCGUGCUCCAUGGCUGCGUCGGACUAAGAACCCUAACUGUUAACUGUCUCCGCCUUGACGCCGCCGCCAUCGGUAGAGUUCUUGGACCGCAUCUGCGGGAGCUUCACCUGCUUAGGUGUUCACUUCUCUCCUCCUCGGUGCUUACUUCCAUUGGCCAGAGCUGCCCAAAUCUCCGGGUUCUUACCCUGGAAUUGGCAGACCAGGAUUCACCCCUUCUUUUUCAAGCUAACCUGGCACAAUUGCUUAGCGGCUGUCUGUACCUGGAGUCUCUGCAACUAAAAGUCCGAGGUGUACUGGUAGAUGCCACUACUUUCCAGUCAAUUAGGUUCUUCUUGCCAGAAACAGUCAAAGUUCUGAGGUUACAGCCAGUGCUGGAGUCCGAGGCAAUUCUUCUCAUGAACAGAUUCAAAGUUACUGGGAAUUUUCUCUCUAGAACCAAUUAUAGUGCCCCGCUUUCUCUUUCGCCUUUAUUCUCUUUGCAAAGCCUGUCGCUUGUGUUAGACUUGAUAUCUGACAGGCUAAUCAUAGCUAUCACGGGUUCUCUACCUCAACUUGUCACUCUGGACUUGGAAGACUGUCCUGAAAAGGAACCAUUUCCGCAAAAUGACUUGACAGACACGGGGCUUCAGUCUUUGGGUUGUUGUCAACGACUUACAAGCCUCUCUCUGGUACGGACUUCUUGUGACCGUAAGAUAUCAUUCAAAAGAAUAAACGACAUGGGUAUCUUUCUCCUUUCUGAGGCUUGCAAGGGUCUAGAGUCAGUGAGACUUGGGGGUUUCCCAAAAGUCAGCGACGCGGGUUUUGCCUCUCUCCUUCACUCAUGUCGGAACUUGAAAAAGUUUGAAGUUCAAGGUGCAUUCUUGUUGUCUGAUUUGGCAUUCCACGACAUCACUGGAGCUUCCUGUUCUCUUCAAGAGGUCAGACUUUCCUCAUGCCCUCUCAUAACCAGCGAAGCCGUGAAGAAAGUGGCGUUAUGCAGCAAUCUAGAGGUGCUUAACUUGGGGGGCUGCAGAAGCAUAUCUGAUUCAUGCCUCCAAUCCGUAUCAUCCCUGAGAAAGUUAACUUGUCUGAAUCUCAUGGGAGCCGAUGUAACAGAUGGAGGUCUGUUUGCUCUUAGUAAGGCAGACGUGCCCAUCACCCGAUUAUCCCUCCGAGGCUGCAAGAGGGUCAGUGACAGAGGAAUAUCCUUUCUGUUGAAAAGCGACGGUACAAUGAGCAAAACCUUGUCGACCCUUGAUUUGGGUCACAUGUCGGGAAUAACGGACAGAACCGUUAGCACCAUCUCUCUCUUUUGUAAGGAACUAACCGAACUGUGCCUCAGAAGCUGCUUCUACGUUACUGAUUAUUCGAUAGAGACACUGGGUACAAGGAGAAGGAAUCCAGGAGGAGGGAAACAACUGCGUAAGCUCGAUGUCCAUAACUGUGUCAGCCUUUCGGCUGGUGCCUUGAGAUGGUUGAGCAAACCCUCGUUCCCUGGUCUGCAUUGGCUCGGGCUGGGUCAGACACGGUUGGCAGGCCGGAAAGACGUGGUCACGGCUAGGGUAAGCGGGGAGAGACCAUGGCUCACGUUGUGUUUUGACGGUUGCGAGUUUGGAUGCUACGACGGGUGGGAGUUCCAUACGCAUUUACACCGCUGAAUCUCUUUGUAACGAUGAAAUCUGCAACCAUCCUCUUUGAUGUACGCAUCUUGUAAAUUAUUCCUUAUGUCCGGAUGUUGUGAAUCAAAGUGGCUGGUUUUAGGGUUUUGGUUUCACACGUUUUA